AUGGAAGUCGCUCUGUUGGCUGAGAUCCUAUCUCCGAUUUGCUUGAAUCAGGAAUGUUCAAGCUGCUCAUUGGCGAGCUCAUCGAUGAGACGAGAGUCUGGAGACACGAGUGCGCAGUGGCGCCUCAUCGUUUCGACGAGCUGUUUAUUGAACUCAUCGGUGGGACAGAGUCUGAAGACAUUAGCGCGCGGUGGCGCCUCAUCCCGUUUCGACGAGCUGUUUGGCGAGGUCAUCGGUGGGAUGAGAGUCUGGAAGACAGAGCGCGGUGGUGCCUCAUCCCGUUUCGACGAGCUGUUAGGUUCGUAG